UUUUUUUUUUUUUUCAAAAUAAAUGUAUGAGAGUAACCAUGUGGUGUUAACAAUUUCGCUUUAAAAUAUUUUUGAAAAUAAAAAAAAUAAGAAUAAGAACAAAAAUGAUUAGAAAAUAAGUACAAUUUAGAAUUAAGAGCAAAAAAAUCAAGAAGAAGGCUACCAAAAAAAAAUUAAAAUAUAAAAGUGGAUAUAUUUUUUUUUUGUUAAUUUGAAGUAGAGGAAAAUCACAACCAAAAUAAAAGAGAGAAGUUUCCGAGAGGCAGGAAGGUAAUUUGGGUAUCAAUUUUUAUACCUAUACGAUACAUAUGUACAUAAUAUGCGAAUUGAAAAAAAAAAUUGAAAUAAAAAAUACCAAAACUCAAAAAAAUUUUAGUCACAACAAAACAUUUGUAGUAUAUGUAGUACAUACUUAUUAUUUAGUAAGGUGGCGGUCUGUCAAUACAGCAAAAAAAUCCAAAAAAAAAAGAAGAAAUUAAAAAAAAAAUGAUUUGAAAUAUUUCAACAGAACAACAACAAAUAGAAAUGACUAAAACUCGAAAUAAUAUUAUAUUUUGGGGUUAUGUGUGUUGCUACCUACCUACAUACCUUAUUGUUUUUUUACCAACUUUAUAAACAAAAUUCAAAAGUAUAUACAUAUUUAUAUCUAUAUUAAUAUAUGAAAUUUUUUGGAGGGGUAGCUGUGGUGGUUGAUAAGUUAGAAACGUGUGUUUAUGUAUAUAUGCAAUAUUUAACUAUUAAAAAAAUGCUUUUUUUACUGCGCCAUUACUGGUAUUAAAGUUCAAGUUAGGUUUACGGAUACUUGUACCUAAAAUACAUGCACUCAUAUAUGAAUUUACUAUUUCCAUAUGAACAUCAUUGGUAGUGGAAAAUAAUAAAACUUCAUUUUAUUGUUGUAUCUAGUGACAUUUAUAUCUAUCAGGUCACCAAGCUCAAAGAGUAAAUCAAAAACUAAUUCCAAAUUUAUAUGGACUUUUUAUGGAAUGGAUCGCAAAUCAUUUGUGUGAAAGAAAAUUGAUUUAAAAUUUAAAUUUAAAAACAAACAGUUGGUAAAUUCACUCGAAAAAUGCAUUUAAAAAAAAAAAAUUGCAAUUUUUAACACAGCCAUCCUUUCCUGUCUUCCAAAUGGAAGGUAAUGAAAUGAAUUAAAGGGAAAAAUAUUCGUAUAAGAAAUUAGAUUUAAAAAGAAAUUCAAAAUCGCUUUUAAAAACCCUAUGUAAAAUCACAGAAAAUACUCGAAAUUCUUCAAAAAUAUAAAACAUUUAGAAUUGUUUUUGUAACGUGCUUAGUUCGCAAUAUUUCGGAUAAUAACUUCAGCUUGGUUGCUUAAUAGAUAUAUAUGUCAUUAAUUGUACUAUUAAUACGGAAAAGCAGUUCGGUAGCAAUGGAAGGUUUUAUAUUAAUAUAGGAGGUACCUGCAUACCUAAGUACAUAUCAGAUUUAUUAAACGUUAUAUAAUUCUACAUACCUAUUUUUAUGAAAUAUUUAAACUACUUUUACAUAUAUUACAUAUAAAGCCUAUUAAGUAAUAAAUAUUAUCAAUUUCUUGAUUUUUUAAAUGGAAAUAAAUUUGAUUUAUUGAAAAUCCUUCAGAUGUGUACGUUUUAUAGUGCGUAUAUAUAAUACAUAUGUAACAUACAUCAUUGCCUAACCUGCCAUAUUAUAUUACAAAAAUAGAAAAUUUAACAUUUUAAGUUUGUAGUAAAUGAAUGAAAUUAACGAUGGAGAUAUAGUAGAAUCUAAAAAAAAUCUUUAUUAAAAACAAAAAAAAAAAAAAAAAGAAAAUUGUAAAUAUGAGUCAACAAAAACAAUAUGGGAUUCUAAAUAAUGAUGGUGAUGAUGAAGAUGAUCAUGUACUGACGAAUGAAAAUAUUACUGAAAUUUGUAUAGGUAAUAAUGAUUCCGUAGUAACAACAAUAGCAGCAACAUUAUCAUCAGUAUCAGCAGGAGGAACAACGACAGCAACAAUAACAGCACCAUUAACACAUGGAUUAAUAAAUUUACAUGGAACGGUAGCAAAUUAUGUUUGUCAUAAUAAUAAUAUAAAUAACAGUAAUAAUAUUAAUACAAAUAAUAAUAUUAAUAAUAAAAAUAAUAAUAAUAAUAAUAAUAAAAAUAGUAAUCAAAAUAACAGAAGCAAUAUUAGAUUUAUGAAAGAUGAUGAUUUACCAUUAUGUUUUCAAGAAAUAAGACAUCAACAACCAAUUAAAGGUAUAGAUUGCGAGGCACAAUCAUGGCGUAUACGUGAAAGAAUGAAAACUGUUAGUGUAGCUUUAGUACUUUGUUUAAAUAUUGGCGUUGAUCCACCAGAUAUUGUUAAAAUACAACCUUGUGCAAGAUUGGAAUGUUGGAUAGAUCCUUCAUCAGUGUCACCACCAAAAGCAAUGGAAUUAAUAGGUGCUAAUUUACAAAAGCAAUAUGAACGUUGGCAACCAAGAGCACGUUAUAAAAAAGUAAGUGAUCCAACUGUUGACGACGUAAAAAAAUUAUGUACGUCAUUAAGACGUAACGCAAAAGAAGAGAGAGUAUUAUUUCAUUAUAACGGUCAUGGAGUUCCUAAGCCAACAGCAAAUGGUGAAAUAUGGGUUUUUAAUAAAACCUAUACACAAUAUAUACCAUUAUCAAUAUAUGAUUUACAAGCGUGGAUGGGUGCACCAUCAAUAUAUGUAUAUGAUUGUUCAAAUGCUGGUAUGAUUAUUAAUUUAUUUAAUCAGUUUGCUGAACAACAUGAAAGAGAAAUGGAAAAAGCAACUGGUGGUAAUAGACAAAGCCCAUCAAAUUCACAAAAUGUUACAUAUAAAAAUUGUAUACAACUAGCAGCAUGUGCUGCUAAUCAAAUAUUACCAAUGAAUGCUCAAUUACCAGCUGACUUAUUUACAUCAUGUUUAACUACACCCAUUAAAACUGCAUUAAAAUGGCAUACAAUGCAUAAUCCACUAGGUUUGGCAAAUCAAAUAAAUAUGGAUUUAAUAGAUAGAAUACCAGGGCAAUUAAAUGAUCGCCGUACAAUGCUUGGUGAAUUAAAUUGGAUAUUUACUGCAAUAACUGAUACAAUUGCGUGGAAUAUGUUAGAAAAAGAUUUAUUUCAAAAACUUUUUAGACAAGAUUUAUUAGUUGCAUCAUUAUUUCGAAAUUUUUUAUUAGCUGAAAGAAUAUUACGUUCAUAUGAUUGUACACCACAAUCUAGUCCAAAAUUGCCAUUAUGUUAUCGAAAUCAAAUGUGGUCAGCAUGGGAUUUAGCUGUUGAUUUGGCAUUACAACAAUUACCAAAUAUAUUAGAGAAAAAUGCACCAUAUCAACAACUACCAUUCUUUGAAGAACAAUUAACAGCAUUUCAAGUAUGGUUAGAACAAGGAAAUAAGGAACGUUCACCACCAGAACAAUUACCAAUUGUAUUACAAGUUUUAUUGUCGCAAGUGCAUCGCAUGCGUGCCUUAGAAUUAUUGGGACGUUUUCUAAACUUGGGACCAUGGGCUGUUAAUUUAGCGUUAGGUGUUGGAAUAUUCCCGUAUGUAUUAAAAUUAUUACAAAGUUCAGCGAAAGAAUUGAGACCUAUAUUAGUAUUUAUAUGGGCAAAAAUUUUAGCUGUGGAUAGUACAUGUCAAAUUGAUUUAGUGAAAGAUUAUAAAUAUUUUUUAAAUGUAUUACAAGAUUAUAAAAGCUCUAAAAAGCAACGUACAUUAGCUGCAUUUGUACUAGCUAGUAUUGUUAAUAAUUUUUUAUUAGGUCAAACUAGCGCAUUACAAGGUUCAUUAGUAUCAAUUUGUUUAGAACAAUUAUACACUGAAAAUAAUUUAUUAAGGCAAUGGUUAAUAAUAUGUUUAGGACAGUUGUGGCAAAAUUUUGCAAAAGCAAGAUGGUCUGGCGUGCGCGAUAUGGCGCAUGAAAAAUUAUAUCCAUUAUUAAAGGAUAAUGUGCCUGAAGUGAGAGCUUCUGCUGUAUUUGCAUUAGGUACAUACAUCAGCUCAGUAACAGAAAGAUCUGAACAUGCGAAUAAUAUUGAUCGCAAUAUUGCAUUGAUGUUACUCACAACUGUUAUGGAUGAUAUGUCACCAUUAGUUAGAUUAGAAUUAAUUGCAGCAUUACAAUGGAUGGUAAUAUUAUUUGAAUCACAGUUCGUUGCUGUUUAUUUACAAGAAUCAUCAACAAUAAGUGAAACAUAUUCAAUAAAUAGUUACUAUUUUUCACAUUAUAAUAAUCUUAAUUUAAAUCAUGCGAGUAAUAAUGGUGGUCUAACAAAUAAUACUAGGACAAAUGCCACAAAUGCAAUAUCAACGAACCAGGUCUUACCAGUUGCCUUAAAUAAUUUUAAUACAGGCUGUGGUGGUGGAAACGGAACCAAUAACUAUGAUUUAUUAAAUUAUUUUACAUUACACAAUUCUUUAGACAGAAAUAAUAUGAAACGAGGUUUCAGUUCUAGUUCUAUACCAAAUUUAUCUGUCAAUAUUAACAAUAUAAAUCCAACAAUCGGUAUUGGUAGAAUAUAUUUAAAAUUAUUACAUGGCAUAUUUUUACUAGCACGUGAUCCCUUUCCAAAAGUUGCUGAAACAGCACAAAAAUUAAUUGAAUACAUCAGAAACUCCGCCGUUUAUUUAAUUGCUGCUAAAGAAGCAACAACCGAAAAAUAUAUUAGUCCAUCAUCGGUUCAAUCAGCCAGUAGUUUAAGUUUGCCACCGAGUCCUAAUACCAGAACAAGUUAUUUAGGUGAAUCACCACCAAAUGCUCAACAAAGUCCACAAAUAAAUGUUAUGAGUAAUUCUACGACGGGUGUUAUAAUAUGUGGAAGUGGAGGUGAUAAAAAAUUAUUGACAACACAACAUGGUACAAGUGGUGGUAUUCCACAUUUUUCAAAUAGGGUAGUAACGUCAUCGCCUAUAAAUAAUAAAAAGAGGACAUCAUCAAUGUGUGAUGAACGUGAUACAACAACAAAUCAAAGUGGCUCUAAUAACAUUAAUCAAUCAUCAGUUCAAAAUGCACAACAGCAAUCUAGAGCAGCAUCAAAUAAUUUUGUUAUUACAAAUAAUUUAACACAACAGCAAAGAAAAAGUUGUGGUGCAUCGGGAACUGUUGGACAACAAUCAAGUAUAAUGAAAUCAAUAGUAACAACAAAUUUUAUAUCAUGGUCAAUCAGUCAAUUUGCUAGAUCAUGCGAUAACUAUUGUAAUGAAUUAAUACGGAUGAAUUAUUCACAAAAUGAAAGUAAUGGUAGUUGCGGUAGUGGUAAUGGCAGUGGUAGCAGUAGUACAAGCAGUAACAAUAGUAUCGAAUCAAAUAAAGAUAUAUCGUUACAGUCUCCAACAGUAAUAUCCAAACAACAAAGAAGUAAUUCAAUUAUAAUGAAUUCAUUGCAAAAUCAUCAACAAAUGCAACAAUACCCAAUUGAUUUAUAUUCACCGCAAUAUUUAGCCCAAAAAUCAAGAUUUAGUCGGAAUAAAGAAAUACGUCGUUUAGCGUUAGAACAACAAAAGCGUGCUAUAUUUCAUAAAAUUGAUAUGCCAAUAUAUUCUGGUAAAACGCAAUUUACACCAACUAUUGUUAAAUUAUUGCCAUAUGAAGAUAAGAUUGCUGUAGCAUACAAAAAUACAGUUAAAGUUUAUGAUUGGAAUAAAUCGACAUCAAUAUCUUAUAUACCACCAGAAAAACCAAAUCAAUUUAAUUUGAAUAAUAUAUUAUUAAGUGGAAGUAAUAAUAGUAAUAGUAUAUCAAUAAGUGGUGGUAUGGCUGCUAAUUCUAUAACAACAACGAACUCUAGACAUCAUCAUAAAUCAUAUUCUAUGAGCUCAACAAGUGGAAGUGUUACAUCAACUGGUGUAUCACCACUUGUCUAUAUUACUGGCUCAUUAUUAGGUGCAAUUGUAAAUGAAUCUGGAGAUAUUGUUAGUAAUAAUUUUACAGGUCCACGUGUAUCAACUAUUGAAUUUUUAAAUUCACAUGAUAUUCCUUUGAUAUUAGUUGGUUAUGAAGAUGGUACAGUUAGAAUAUGGCAAGAACAAUUAGUACAAGAACAAUGUUUAACAGUUAAUAAUCAACAACAGCAAUCCAAUAGUAAAUUAAUAACAGCAUGGCAAUGUCUUCCGUUUUCACAUCGUACUAAAGAGAUGGGCGGUGUUACAUCAACGUGGCAUCAAAAAUCCCAGCAUUUAUUUUUUGGUGGUUAUACAAAUUUUUUACGUUUAUGGGAUGUUAAAACAGAACUGAAAAUUUGUGAUAUACCAACUGGUACACAUGCAUAUGUUAGAACAUUGUCAUCUUCACCAAAUGAAAUUGUUGCAGCGGGUUGUAGUGAUGGUAGUGUACGUUUGUUUGAUAAACGUUGUUCAUCAAAUGAAAAUCGUAUUAUGACAUAUAGAGAAGAUACAUGCUCUAUAUUAACUGCAUGUUUACGUGAUAAUUGUGAAAGUUUAGUAACUGGAUGUACACAAGGUAAAAUUAGGUUAUUUGAUAUUCGUAUGAAACAAUCUGUACAAAAUUGGAAAGCAGGAAACGAUAUAAGCGCUAUUUCAGUCCAUACUGAAGCAGAUAUAUUAGCUUGCGGUUCCCAAAGUAUAACCAUUUAUGGUUUAGAUGGCCGACAACAAACUACUUUACGUGUAAGUGAAAGUUUUAUGGGUCCAAGAAUUGGUCAUACAUCUUGUUUAUCAUUUCAUCCAUAUAAAGUUGAUUUGGCUGGAGGAUUUGUUGAUAAUUCUGUUGCUGUUUAUAGUUCCUCAGGCUACAGUUAAAAAUAUAUGUAUAUAUAUAUGUAUAUAUAUAUUGUAUAUAUAUAUAUACAUAUAUAUAUAUAUAUAUAUAUAUAUAUAUAUAUAUACAUAUAUGUAUAUAUAUAUUAUGAUUUUUUUUACAUUUUAAUGGUUAUAUUAUAUAGGAAUAUUUUAAUUUAUAUAUGUAUAUAACAUGAUCAUGGUUUAUUUAUACAAAAUGAUUACUAUUAUGAGAAUAUUUUUUCUGUCUCACCUUUCGAAAAUUUUUUUUUUUAAUUUUUGAUAUAUUUAUAUUUGUUUUUGGCUUAUCAUGGAAAAAAGUCCAAAAAAAAAGUGCUCUAAAAUCGGUUGAUUUCUGGAAAUAACUUUUUAAAUAUAUUCUUUUAUUUCAAACAAAAAUAUAUAUUUUAUUAUGAGUAAAAACAAAAUAAAAAUAACAAAAUUUACGUUUCAAGUUAAAUUCGUUUAUUAUAAAACAGAUAUGAGAUUAUAUGAUUUUAAUUUAAAAAACAACUAAAUUAUAUAUAAAUUCAAGAAAAAUUUUUGUUUUUCAAAUCAUUAUGUAAUUUUUUAUGAAAAUUGUAAAUACAAAACUUUACUUGUUAUAAAUGGAAUUAGGGACGCAAAGCAUCUCAAAAUCCAAAUUUUUCCCUGUAUAAAUAUAAAAAAAAUAUUAAAUGAAAUGUUUUACUUCUACAAUGUUAUUGAAAUAAUAUUUACAGUCGAACCUGAUAAGCAUAAAAAGUUAUUAAUACGGGUAUUUUCCUUUGCUUGUGUCAGGGUUUAAAAGAAAAAGGAAUUGAAUGAUACCAUUUUAUUGUUGGUACUAAAAGAAUUUUGUUUAUUUACGGAUUCGACUGUAUUACAGACACGAAUGAAAUUUUUAUGUACGUUUUUUUUUGUACUUCAAAUAAUUUAUUUAUAUUUUUUUCAUAUAAUAUAUUU